CCGGAGAUAUACCUGGACAAAAUUCAAGACUGGUUAGUACUUGCACAUGAUGUGCACACAUCAAAGACCGCCCUUUUCAAGAAUAUUAGAGAUGCAGGGCUGACCUAUAAGAUACUGCAAAAAACAGCAUCAGACAGAGAUAAUGAUUUAAGGGAGGAGUGGUUGCAGGACAUAAACACACACUUCACAGCCAGGCAAUUUAUCAUGAUUGAUGAAACCAACAAAAAUGACUGGACAAUCUAUCAAUACUAUGGACAGGCGCCAAAAGGUCGUCGUGCUAUGGUUCAGGCUAAUUUUGUCUGGGGAGAACACUACGGUCCAGGAGCGGCACUCACACUUGAUGGGUAUCUAUCUGCCAUGGAUAUAUUCCAUAUCACUGUCAAUGGCAAGGACUUUUUUGAUUUUUGUUUUAAACAGUACAAAAAUAUUAUUAUCCUCAGCAGCUGUGCAAUACACAAACUGAAUGCUCUGCAGGAAGUCAUAGAAAGUAUAGGGUGUAUGUUGAUUUCUUUGCCACCCUACUCCCCAGACUUGAAUCCUAUCAGGGAGAGCUUUAGUUGUGGUAUGGUUUGGUCUUUUUAG